GGGGCUGAAGUCGCGAAGCUGGAGACAGGGACAGAACAGCUACCCAGGGCAAUUAGACCCUGCUCUGGAGACAGGAAGCCACAGGUCAGCCGGAGAGCUGGACACACUCAGACACUGCAGCUCCCGCUCCACAGCAAGCACCUGCACAGAGGAGCCCUGAGGAUGGCGCAUCUGCUGGGCAGCCAGGCCUGCAUGGACAACCUGCGCAGGGAUCUCACCGACCUGCAGGGCGCCAUCGUGGACGUCUUCUCCCGAGCUGGGCCUGUGCGCUUCCCCUCCUGGAAGUUCCCAGACCGCGUGGCCUGCGACCUAGACAUGGUGGCCCUGCUGGAGCACUAUGACCAUGUGCCCGGUGACCCCGAGUUCACACAGCUGUCCCAUGCCGUGCUGCUGGAGCUGGUCAUCGACAGGCUUCUGCUGCUGCUUCAGAGCUGUGCUAGCUACCUGGAGAACCUUGGCUCAGUGCAGAUGCUGCCCCCGGUCCAGGCCUCCGGCCCUUGCAUGUCAGUGGGGCUCACAGUUCGGCGCUUCUGGAACAGCCUGCUGAGGGUGGGCAUGCUCUACCAAAAGGUGGCUCCCCAGAGGACCAACCAGGGGGAGACCCCUACAUCCAAGCCCAUGGCCAAGGGCGAGCCAGCCAGGAGCCCUGAACUUAUGACUGCCAAGCCUAUCGAGCCGCCUUCCCCGACACCAGGCUUGUCCCAGCCCUGCCAAGAGUCUGACACUGCCCCUGCCAGAGCCCCACCAGAGCGUGCGGCCAGAACUGCCGAGAGCACCCGGAGUGUUCACUGCCAGACAGUUGAGACAGCCCUGGUGCCCUGUGACGCGUGUACCAGCGUCCAGGGCAGCCUUCGGGAGGUGGGCAAGGUGGUCAUCAGCCUGUGUCAGAGCCAGAACCUGCCUUCGUCCUUAGGCCAGUUCCAGCAGCUAGUGCAGGACAGCAUGGGGCUCCGGCCGCUGCCGGCCGCCACUGUGGGCCGGUGGGUGGCAGAGCAGAACAAAGACCUGCUGCGCCUCAGUAAGCACGUGGGGGCCCUCACUCAGCUGGUCGGGCCCCUCAGGGCCCAGCUGGAGGAGGCCGAGGGGCAGAAGGACGGCCUGAGACAGCAGCUGGGGGAGUUGGAGCAGGCGCUGCAGCAGGAACAGGGGGCGAGACGGCGGCAGGCCGAGGAGGCCAAACAGCACUUGGCUGAGCGGGAGAGCGACAGACAGCAGCUGCUUGCAGAAACAAGUGACCUCAAGACAAAGGUGGCCAUGCUGGAGGGGGAGCUGGAGGAAAAGCAGGCGUCCACGCAGGCCAUUGAGGCCACGGCCCAGCAGUUGAAGGGUGAGGCUGAGCGCCGGGUGACAGCAGAGAAGCAGGUGCAGCAGCUGGAGGGACAGGUGAAGCUUCUGGCAGGGCGGCUGGACGAGGCCAGCCAGCAGAUCCGCUGGGCCAGCACAGAGCUGGACAAAGAGAAGGCCCGUGUUGACAGCAUGGUCCGCCACCAGGAGUCCCUGCAGGCCAAACAGAGAGCCCUACUGCAACAGCUGGACAGCCUGGACCAGGAGCGUAAGGAGCUGCAGGGCAGCCUGGCCGAGGCCGAGGCCCAGCGGGCCCAGGUGGAGGAACAGCUACAGAGCCUGCAGACUGAGGGAGCGCAGGGGCAGUGCCAGCUCCUCGCCCAGCAGGAGCUGCUGCAGAGCCUCCAGCGGGAGAAGCAGGGCCUGGAGCAGGCAACAACGGACCUGCGACUGACCAUCUCAGAGCUGGAGCGGGAGCUGCUGGAGCUGAAGGAGCGGGAGCGGCUGCUGGUGGCCUUCCCGGACCUGCACCAGCCCCUUGAGGCACAGAUCCAAAGCUCUGGCAACGUCACAGAAGACAUGGAGAGGCAGGUGCAGGCCAACAGCAUCCGCAUCCGGGUCCUGCAGGAGGAGAACGGGCGGCUCCAGGCCAUGCUGUCCAAAAUCCAGGAGGUGGCCCAGCAGGGGGGCCUCCAGCUGAUACCCCAGGACCAGCUCUGGUCCCCUCUUGCCAAAGGAACCCUAGCAACAGGCCACCCAGCCGAGGCCCGCAGAGCCUCCCCAGGGUCCCUGGGCAGGCGCCCCCCACCGGGCAGCAGAAGGAGCAGUGCAGGCAGGACCCUGCCAGGCCAGCGGCGAGCAUCCCCAUCUCAGCAGCCCGGCAGCCAGCCCAGCAAGCCCCCCCUGGAGGAUGUGCCCCACUCCGCCAUCUGCUCCCAGAACCCCAUCCGAGCCUUGGCCAGGCUGAGGAGGAGACUGUCGCCGUGCCGGAGCCAGGCCGGCUCCACCCACCAGCCCCAGGAACGGCGCACAUAGCUGGCCACCCACCUGUCUAAUAAAGCCCGGGCCAUCUGCUCACUGCCA